AUGGAACAAGAAGGUCAUUUGGAUAUACAACAGGGCUUACCGUCGCAAACUGCGAACGAUCUCUUUGACUACGAUGUCGGUUUGGAUGAGAUACUGCAGCACACCCCAACCGAGUCAAGCAUAAAUGCACCCAGGCCGUCCACUAUACCCGGCGAUACCGGGUUAGGUCUUGGACUUGAUGAGGAAGUCAAGGUUACUAGAAAACGACAGCCCGUUGCUAAACUAGAUGAAGCACGGUUGCUGUCCCAAGCUGGUAUACCUAGGCUACGCCGCACAGCCAAACAGAAGUUGAAAUUCAAAGGAAAGGGACAUGAGUUUUCUGAUGCGGCACGCUUAUUACAGUUCUAUCAGUUGUGGCUUGAUGAUCUCUUCCCUCGUGCAAAGUUCGCUGAUGGACUAACUAUUAUCGAAAAACUCGGUCAUCAUAAACGUCUACAGGCUAUGCGCAGAGAGUGGAUAGAAGAGGAGAAACCAAAGGUCCACAUAGAUGAUACAACACAAGAUCUACAAGCAGGUCGAUCGAACUUGCCGAUUGCGAUAACCACUAGAAGUCAUCAUGCUAUGGAUGCUUAUAUAUCUUCAUCUCAUAGCGUUGGCCAUAGCAAAGUUGAUAAGGAACCGUCGGCCGAAAAAUCAGAUGUCCCUGCUCACGGAUUAUUCAUACUUGAUGAUGACAAUACUCACCGCGCGAUCGCACGAGACGUUCCUGAGGAUGAUGACGAAUUGGAAACCCUUUUGAGAGAGCAGCAGUAUGAUGAUGCUACAACUAAGAAUUCCUUGACCCUGGCUGAUUUGGACGCCGACGGUGAUGGAUUCGAAGCCAUGGAAGAAUUAAAUAUCUUAACUCCGACAUGA